GAAGAAAAAGAAAAUAAAAAGUGAAUAAUUGAGAGCAGACGUUAUACCUUGCCCAUCCACAUUCCUUGCUAACUACACAACAACCAUCAAUUAAACCCAAUAAAGUAUUGAGAUUCGUAUAAAGCAAAAAAAAAAAAAGUUUUCUUGUUAAGAUCGAAAACUCUGUUUUGAUUUUGGUUGUUUUUUUUUAUAUUGACUCGAUUCAAUUGGUGGUUUGAAUCAAAGAUGGGGAGGCUCUUUGUGGUGAACCUGGAGGGGAAGAUCUAUAGCUGCAAACACUGUAAGACUCAUCUUGCUUUAUACGAAGACAUCAUCUCCAAGUCUUUUCACUGCAAGCAUGGGAAAGCAUAUCUCUUCAAUAAAGUUGCGAAUGUUUCAACUGGAGUGACUGAGGAAAGAAUGAUGAUGACUGGAAAACAUACAGUGGCUGACAUUUUCUGUGUCUCGUGUGGAUCAAUCGUUGGAUGGAGAUACGAGACUGCUCAUGAGAAGAGUCAGAAGUACAAAGAAGGAAAAUCAGUGCUUGAAAGAUUUAAGAUAUCGGGACCUGAUGGUAGCAACUACUGGGUGAGUAGCCAUGGAAGGCAUAUAGGUGGAAGUGAUGCAGAUGAAGCUUGAAUCAUCUCUCUAUCCUCUGAUUUGACUUUCCUUGUAAAUGUAAAUUCUUCAACCUCCAUUCCAAUUUGUUGUUAUCAUAAGACUAACAAUAACUCUGUCUUCUCUUGCCUCAUUAUCUGGAAUCUCUUCAGUAAAUAAAGUCAUGGUUCUAUGUAA